GCUUCAUUUGUCAGAUACAAAACCUAACUCUAAUCUCUAUAAUCUUUGGUUAGAUAAAUGAUAAUACUCAGAGAGGCUGUCCCUGGAUACGCUAGCUUUCAUUCCACGUGAUAAUUCUGAAUAGACAAUUUCAAACAUGAUAUCGCCCAAAGUAUCAGCUGAAUAUAUCUCACUUCAUUCAACUAAUGUGAAAAUUAAAACAGAUGGAUUGAGAAAACUAGGAGAUUUACUUUGUGAUGAAGUUAAAAGUGGAAAACUUUCUCCAUCUAACUUUAGUCAAACUGAACUUCAUCCCACAUCAAAUGACCCAUGGGCUUUAGAUUGGAUACUUGUAGUUGAUACACUGAAUUAUUGUUUUUGGCACAAUGAGGACGAGUUAGGUUGGCGUGUAGAUGGCUAUACUGGAUAUUUUGCCCUGUGUGCUGCAAUUAAUAAAGCCAUAAAAAAUAAUCCGCAAUUUUUAGAUCCUAAGUUUUAUUCUACCAUAACCACUGAUGAACUUUCUAAAAUAUUGAAAAGUGAUACAGAUAUUGAAAUACCUCUUCUGUCAGAAAGGGUUAAAUGUUUACAUGAAGUUGGUAACGUUUUACUUGAAAAGUACAGUGGUAGUUUUGAACAGAUGGUGAAAGAGGCAGAUCAGAGUGCUGAGAAAUUAUUGAAGUCAAUUGUAGAAAAUUUUAAAUGCUUCUGUGAUGAAGCAAACUAUGGAGGUAGAACAGUAACUUUUUAUAAACGUGCCCAAAUUCUAGUUGGAGAUAUAUGGGCUUGUUUUGAGAAUGAAGGCUUGGGCCACUUUGAAGAUAUUGAUAAAAUAUCAAUGUUUGCUGAUUAUAGAGUACCUCAGGUUCUAGUAUACCUUGACUGUCUGGAGUAUUCAGAUAAUUUGUCAAAGAUAUUGAGCGAAAAUAUUAUAUUACAAAAUGGGGAUGUAGAAGAAGUUGAGAUAAGAGGUUGCACAAUUCAUGCCGUUGAGUUAUUAAAGGAAUAUAUUUUGAAGAAGUUGCCCAAGGCAGAUGUGAAUUCAGUCCUCAUUGAUCAUUUUUUAUGGGACUUUAGAAGAAAACAUGCAGAAGAUAUACUGAAGAAAAAAAUUCCAUUCCAUAAAACACUAUCAAUUUAUUACUAAGAUGAUAAACUUUAAUUAUCUUUCUAAGAAUUAUUCAAGGGGUCUACAAAUUGAAGCAGUUUUAUAUUUUCAAUCAAAAGAUGACUCAAGUAAUUAAACUAGAUAGCUGGGAUAUCUAUAUCUGGGAAUCUUUCAGGGAAGGUUUUAUAAUCACUUAAGAGAAUUAUAACUGUGAUUGUGUAUAUUUAAAUAAAUAAAUUUACUUUGCCUCA